AUGUUUCAAGCGGAAUCAUCAAGAAGAGUUAUACGCAGUACGCUAAUAGCUUUGUCAUGGGUACCUGUAUUGUUAACAAUAAAUAAUAAUGUGGUGCAUAUUGCACAGAUUAGAGGCACCUCAAUGCAACCUACGUUAAACCCACAGACAGAGACAUUGGCGACUGAUUGGGUACUGCUUUGGAAGCUGGGGGUCAAGAAUCCGGCUAGUCUAUCAAGAGAUGACGUUAUUCUUUUCAAGGCCCCGACAAACCCUCGAAAAGUUUACUGUAAAAGGGUUAAGGGCUUGCCUUUUGAUACCAUCGACACAAAGUUCCCAUAUCCUAAGUCACAAGUGAACCUGCCGAGGGGUCACGUAUGGGUCGAAGGAGAUAAUUUAUUUCAUUCGAUUGAUAGCAACACAUUCGGUCCCGUUUCAAGUGGGUUGGUUAUGGGGAAAGUGGUAGCGAUUGUCUGGCCACCGUCCAGGUGGGGGUCAGAUCUCAAACUUAGUACUGGUAGAAAUUGCAUCGCCAGAAGAGCUGUUGCGGAGUAA